AUUGCAGGCUAGCUGUUGGACGCUGCCUUCCCAAGCCUUAGCAAUCCCGAGUGGAAGUUCAACAGAUUUACCAAUGGCUCACAACCUGAUUAUCAGCAACUUGAAGACACUCCAUGUGGGUGAUUCCAUCCUUGUACAUGGGAAGGUGAUGCCAGAUGCCAAGAUAUUUUCCAUCAACCUGGGAAAAGAUGCUUCGAACUUCCUGAUUCACUUUAACCCUCGCUUUGGUGAAGGGGUGAUUGUGUUUAACUUCAUGAAAGAUGGAAAAUGGGGGCACCCGGAGCAGAGGGCUCCUAAGAUCCCAUUCAAGCCGGGAGACGAUAUCAAGGUCAAUUUCACUUUUAAGAGCAACGAGGUGGCCGUGCAUUACGCUGACGGCCAUGAGUUUGAUUUCAAAAGCCAACUAAACCUAAGCCUGGAAUGCAUUGAAUACAUCUCAGUGGACGGAGGCUUUCAGGUCCAUUCUAUCCACAUCGACUGAGUUCCGUUGUGCCGCCCUGCACCUCUGUUCUGGAGACAGACGAGUCUGCAAAUAAACUAGUAUUUGCUUCUUGA